AGACGGAGAUGGAGAUGGAGAUGAAGUGAAAAUAUUUAUAAUUUUGGUGGUGAAGCUCAACUUUAACCAUGAUUUGUUAAUCUGUGAGUUACGCUUACGCAAUCAAGGAUCUGAGAAUUCAUCUUUCAGGAUUAAUCUGUGAGUUACGGUUACGCAAUUAAGGAUCUGAGAACUCAUCUUUCCUGAAUCCUGAAAGGCGAAAACUGAUCACACUCGCCAUUUCCGGCCGUCCAGGAAGCCAUGACCGACGCCGCCGAGCCGCAACCGUCGACGCCGUCCGCCUCUUCUUCACCAAUUUACAUCCGCCCAAGACGUGAGCCCUUCGAGCACGGCCUUCUCCCCAUUCCGAAGCUCAUCUUCACCGACGGCACCCAAACACUGGGCCCCAUCAAGGACAAGCUCUUGUCCCUCGCUUCCCCCUCUGACCGUCGCGUCCAAUCGCAACACAUUUCCGAUGUCCUCCAGAUCUCGCCUCAGCACGCCCACCUCCUCCUCGACACUGUCGCUGCCGUCCUGCAGUCCGAUGAGGACCCCAUCGUCACCGCCACGCCCUCUGAGAUUGAAUCCGUAGGCGUCAACGUCUUCGAUUUGGUGGUGUUUUUGUACAUCCAGAGUUACAAGAGGUUGUUUCCCAGGGGGUAUAAGGACUCCGCCGCUGUAGCCGAUGUUUGGCCUUCCACUUCGGCUUUCGAUGGCUUCUUAUCUGCCCUAUCGCCGAUGCAACUAGUGCGCAGCAAUAGUCGUAGGUUCAUGCCAUCACAGUCUGAUGAAGAGGCUCAUCAAUUAUCCUACUUACAGAAACACUUGGGCAACAUUCUCUCUUUGUUGGCAGACCCAAUUGAAGGAGAGGCAGAAGAAUCAUUGGUGUUAUCAAUGGAGAAAUUUGAGCAUCUUGGGUACCUUCUCUAUUUUGGGGAAAAAGGAUCUGAGAAAAUUCCACUGAGCCAGAUUGCUCCAUUUUUUGCAAAUUCAGAUCCCAACAUGCCCGCUGCUCCAGUUCCAGCUGCCCUUGUUCAUGACUGGCUUCUUCAAAAUAUUGCUUCUGCUUUGGAACGGAUAACUGACAAAGCAUCUGUCAAGGAAAAUGGACCAACCAAUGCCUCAGAUCAGGAUAUUUCAAUGGCUGAUGUGUGUAUGAGUCCAGCAAAGGCAUCUCUAGGUUCUCGAGGUCCAAGCUAUAUCGAGGGGAUCUCUAAAUCAUCAUAUGUAAGACAUGCAAAUGAUCUGAAUGGCUCAUCUGUAAAAGUUAUUAAUUGCAAUGAAUCAGCUAUUUAUAUACUAGCACCUUUGAGAUAUGCAACAGUCUAUGGGUGCUCGGAUGCAACUAUCUUUCUUGGAGCUGUUGGCAAGGCUGUCAGAAUUGAGCACUGUGAACGUGUGCAUGUUAUUGUGGCGGCAAAACGUAUCUGUAUUGCCAAUUGUCGUGAAUGUGUAUUUUUCUUGGGAGUAAACCAACAGCCCCUUCUUGUCGGUGAUAACCAUAAAUUGCAGGUGGUUCCAUAUAACACAUUUUACUCACAAUUGGAAGAGCACUUGAACCAAGUUGGUAUUAACCCUACCAUUAACAAAUGGGAUGAACCUGUGACACUUGGAGUGGUUGAUCCACACGAUUCGAUAUCACAUCCUGCUGGUGUCUCUGAUGUCCAAACUGAAUCUGCUACCCAUUUAGACCCUGAUCAAUUCACUAACUUUUUGAUUCCUAACUGGAUUGAGUCUGAACCAUCUGGGACAACAAAAGACAACCCUUUUCCGCUGCCUGAUGCAUACAUGGCUUCUCAGCAGAGAAAUCACAAGAACUUGGAUGAGAUUAAGCAGAGUUUGAGGGAAAUUGAGGCUGAAGACAACCGGAAACGAGAAUUAGCCAAUGCUCUGCAUGCAUGCUUUAAAGAGUGGUUAUAUGCUUCAGGAAAUAUCCGGCAACUAUACUGCCUACAAGGAGAGUAGAAAUUGUGUGGUGAUGAUCUGGCAUGGCAUGACCGGAGGGAAGGUUUUUCGAAUUCAACUCUUAACUUCCAUUUUCAGAUUUUGCCAUUUUUGGUGGAGUGGAAGGUAGCAUAGGGAGGGUGUGUGUGCUACACAACACUAGGAAACUAGUUCAUCUUCAUCCCAUUAUAAGUUGUGCAGAUUAAUAUUAAGAUAAAAUCUGCCAACUCAGUUCUUUUUAAGUGUAUUCUUUCAUUUCAUAUAUAUUGUAUAAAUCCAAGACCAAUUUGGUUCAGUUGAAAAUUUUCUACUACAAAGAUAUGAUUAUAUUGUGGUGGAAUAUCAUUUUGGAUCUUUGAAGAAA